AUCUAACAUUUUAACAAAAUUACAUAAUGAAAAUAUUAGUUUCUCUCAUUCACAUUGACCACAAUUAAUUGUAGUGUAAAUUAUUAUGUAUAUUGUCUGUGAUAUACAUAAUAUCACAGGAGGAUAAUCUGAGUGGCCAAAGACUCUCAAGGGUCAUGGUUGGGGUUUCCAAAAGAACAAUGAUUAAACACAAAAGAUGGGUCACUGAGCACAAAACCAAGGUUCUGCCAUGGCCAUCCCAGUUCUCUGACCUAAACUUGAGAAAUCAACAAGGAGAAGGAAAUCUGAAGGUUCUGGAGAGAUUCUGUAUAGACAAAUGACCUCUUGUUAGGUGUUUCAACCCAGUCUACAAAAAUAAUUAGUACAUAUUUAACCUCAGUAACGGGUAGGCUUAGGGGCAGGUUUAGGUCAUUCGUACAAAUUCAUAUGAUUCAAAAGAAGCACCAUUUAGCAAAAAUCAUAUGAAUUCGAGUGAGGUCGUAGGAAUUGCCGUGAGAUUGGUCUGGGUGUUCUCCAGACUCUUCAGGCUUUACAGGAGAAAUAUCAGAGCUGGCAAAAGAAGCCUGCAAACGUUAUCAAAUCUCUUUUUUUUUUUAAAUAAAAGAUCAAAAUGAUUAACUAGCUCUGAACUAGCUCCAGUCUUCUUUCCAAUCAGUACAUUAAAAUCUGACACCAUUUAAAACCACGUCAGAGGAAGCGGAUAUCUUUUAAUCUGGUUUAAAUGGCCAUUUUAGGCCUAAUUUAUACAAUAUAAAAAAAAUGUAGGCUAAAAGUCAAUUAUUAAGGAAUUCAUCCUUAAGCGUGUUUGAAUUAAAUGCAUUGCCUCUUGAAUUUCAUCACAAUGUUGACACCCGGUUCAAAAAUCUCUUAAAAACAAAAAUAGCCUAGUGACAAAGAUGAACGUGACGUUACUAAUCACGCACAGGUUAGAAUUUGUGAGUAAAUGAUAAGAACUUGUACAAGACGUCUUACAGAGAAUCACAUGCGGAUGAACUUCAAAAGAUCUUCAAAAGGGGCUUUCACGAGAAGAAAAAAAAAAAGAAAAAGAAAAAAGCUGCAUCACUUCUGGCAUAAUUUCCUAAUACGACCAAAGGAGGUCUGGUUUGGCAACAGGACGUUUGGUUGUACAAAUUGUACUCAUCAGGUGUACAGUACUGUAUGUAACUUGGAUGAAAGCAUCUGCUAAAUAACUGCUUACUAAAAAUAUUCGUAUUAUUGUUAUUGUUUUACGAGCCGAGCUACAUGAACUCAUUAAGCGUCAGGAGACGGCACGUAAACAAUAACAGAACAGAUGCAGCACACACAGUAACUAAUAAAGAGGUGUUGUACGUCACAACUGAUUAUGUAUCAAUUCGUAUUAUGUGUCAAACUUAAAUGCCGUUUUGACCAAUCAGAAUCCUGGAACGGAGCUAGUAUCGAUAAAAAAGAGUUGUAAUAUCCAACAAUUAUUUUUUUGACACGAUGAAACCUGAACUAAUAGGUUUCCCACGUUAUGUCCGCAAUAUCGAAGAUUUGGCCUCAUGAGGUACGAGAGGAUUAAAGGAAGCAAUCGAUAAGCUUUUGGCUUUUGCCAAGUUUUUAUCAGAAAGAACAAUGGUCAUGGAUAAGGUGGAGAUGUGGCUGGCAAUGUAAAGAAGGUAUCUUGAUAACUGUUAAUAAUUACAGACAUGAUAAGUUAUAAACACAGACAUGGUCUUAAGGAUCUCAGACCACGGCAACUUUUGAAGCAGGCACAGCAAAUCGGAAAUAUUCGAUACUUCACUGAACAGAUCAGAAGGGUUUUUGCCCCAGCUCUACCGGCGCAAAAUGCUCCGAGCCUCAACACAGAGGUAUUCAGUGACCAGACCGCUCUACUCAGAAGACACCUUUGAGGACGAACAUGCAAAAGUCUAUCGGAAACACAAGAGACUACUGGACCAUUUCAUACAGUAUUUCACUUGCACCUCGGAACGUGCCAAAAAUGCUGCCGUUUCCCUGCUGCCUAUCAUUGGAUGGGUGAAAAUCUACUCAAUCAAAGAAUGGCUGUUGAAUGACAUUGUGUCCGGUGUCAGCACAGGACUGGUUGCCGUACUACAAGGACUAGCCUUCAGUUUGCUGGCAUCCAUCUCCACCUGGUAUGGACUGUACGCUGCUUUUUUCCCGGUCAUCAUGUAUUUUUUCCUGGGCACCUCACGACACAUUUCUGUAGGCUCUUUCCCUGUGCUGAGUCUCAUGGUGGGGGCCGUAGUGACCAGAUUGGUGCCCGAUGAGGGUACGCCCGCCAACAUCACAGCUUUUGAGGGCCUGACGAAAGACGAGCAGAGAAUCUUAGUGUCGGCCUCCCUCACUUUCCUAGUGGGUCUAUUCCAGCUGGGUAUGGGGCUACUGCAGGUGGGAUUCAUUGUCAUGUACCUGUCAGAUACUCUGAUAUCAGGAUUCACCACCGCAGCUGCUGUUCACAUCCUGGUUUCUCAGCUCAAGUUUGUACUAGGACUGACUGUGCCGGGUUUCAGCGGACCUCUGUCUAUUAUAUAUACUCUUGAGAGUGUAUUUACCCAGAUCACCUCCACUAAUAUCCAUGAUCUGGUGACUUCGAUCGUGGUGAUGGUGACGGUGCUGGGCGUAAAGGAGAUCAACGACAGAUUUAAGUCAAAGUUGCCAGUGCCGAUCCCCAUAGAAGUCAUUAUGACCAUAAUAGCGUGUGGCGUUUCCUACGCAUUCAACUUCAGCGAAAAUCAUGGAGUGGAUGUGGUGGGAAAAAUUCCAAACACGUUUGAGUCCCCAAUCGCUCCGAGCCUGCAGGUUUUCCAGAUGACAGCAGUGGAGGCUUUCCCAAUAGCUAUUGUGGGAUUUGCUGUGGCAUUUGCAGUAGCUAAAGUCUAUUCUGUAAAGCAUGACUACAUUAUAGAUGGAAACCAAGAACUCAUUGCCUUUGGUGCAAGCAACAUCUUUGGAGGAGCGUUCAAGUCUCUGGCAGCCAGCACGGCUCUCUCCAGAAGUGCAGUUCAAGAAAGCACUGGAGGAAAAACACAGAUAGCUGGUUUAAUCUCCGCCGUUAUCGUGCUGAUUGUAAUCUUGGGGAUAGGGUUUCUGUUGGAACCUCUACCAAAGUCGGUGCUGGGCGCAGUGGUGAUCGUGAACCUGAAGGGGAUGUUGAUGCAGGUGGUUACAGUCCCUUACCUGUGGAAGAAAGACCGUCCUGACUGCAUUGUUUGGGUGGGGACCUGUCUGGCAGCUAUAUUCUUGGGGCUGGACAUAGGACUUGCUGUUGGUCUUGGACUGGAGCUCCUCACUGUGGUCUUCAGGGCUCAGUUUCCACGCUGCUGUGUCUUGGCUAAUAUCUCAGGAACAGAUAUCUACAGAGAUCGCAAGGACUAUGUCAACAUCUAUGAGCCAGAGGGAGUGAAGAUUUUCAGAAUCCCAUCUCCCAUUUUCUUUGCAAAUAUCGAGUUCUUCAGAGACAAACUGAAGGAUGCUGUGGGCUUUAAUCCUCUGAGAAUCCUGAGGAAGAGGAAUAAGGCAGUGAAGAAGAUUAAGAAAAUGAUAAAGAAAGGGGAGCUGAUCUUAACACCUAAUGGACUACAGGCCACCUGCUCAAUGCCCAUUGAAGAGUCAGAAGAUGAAAGCAACAUGGAGGAUCUGGACAAGCCCACAGAUUUUUCAGAUCUUCCGAUCCAGGUGAACUGGAACGCAGAACUACCGGCCAACAUCCGAGUCCCUCCUGUGAACAUCCACAGUUUGAUCCUGGACUUCUCGGCGGUCUCCUUCUUGGAUAUAUCUGCUCUCAAGGGUCUCAAAGCGGCUUUAAAGGAAUUUAUACGCAUCAAUGUUGAUGUUUACAUAGUAGGCUGUGACCCAUACAUCAUAGAGAAGCUGAAGAACUGUAAAUUUUUUGAUGAUGAAAUCAAGACGUCUAUCUUCUUUUUGACCAUCCAUGAUGCAAUGCUCUUCAUUCAUGAGUCCCACCCACCGAAGACUGUGAGCGCGGAGGUCUCAUACCAACACAUUAACAGCGUCAGCAAAUCCAGUGGGAUGAAAAUCCAAGCAAUGGACGACAUGAAAAUGGAAGUUGAAAAAAACACCAAACCAGAGACAAGGUUCAUGCAGCCCUUCGGCAGACACUACGUGGUGGUAAGACCUCUGUUUUCAGAGGACUCCUUCUCAGAGCAGCACAAAAAAAUCAACAGGAACCACAAAACUCUGCGGCACCAUCUAAAAGACUACUUCACUUGUGACAGAAAUCGUGCAAAGAAUGCAGCUCUUUCCCUUCUACCAAUCAUUGGAUGGAUGAAAAACUACAACGUCAAGGAAUGGCUGCUGGGUGAUAUUGUUUCAGGCAUCAGCACUGGGCUAGUGGCAGUCCUACAAGGACUUGCAUUUUCUUUGCUGGCCUCUUUACCACCGGGUUAUGGACUGUACACUGCAUUCUUCCCUGCAAUAAUCUACUUCUUUUUGGGAACCUCCAGACACCUGUCAGUAGGAGCCUUUCCUAUUCUGAGUCUAAUGGUGGGUGCUGUUGUCACCCGACUGGUGCCUGAUAACGGGCCAGCAGCUAACAUCACUGGAUUUGAAGGACUGACCAUGGAACAACAGAGAGUUCUAGUUGCUUCCUCGGUUACUUUUGUCAUGGGAGCAUUUCAGCUCAUAAUGGGGCUGCUUCAGGUGGGCUUCAUUGUCAUGUAUCUGUCGGAGACUCUGGUGUCAGGAUUCACCACUGCGGCCGCCGUUCAUAUUUUAGUAUCCCAGCUCAGGUUUGUGCUGGGAUUGAACUUUCCUGGUAUAAACGGACCGCUCGCCAUUGUAUAUACACUGGAGAAUGUUUUUGGUGAAAUCGUUAACACGAACGUGGCCGACCUGGUGACAUCUAUUGUGAUCAUGGCGCUGGUGCUUAUUGUGAAGGAGAUCAAUGACAGAUUCAAAGCCAAGCUACCUGUGCCAAUACCUAUAGAAGUCAUCAUGGUAGGCGUAAUUACUGAACAUGACCACAUUAGCACAAAAUACAUGACUUUAACUUUAUCAAACGUCUCCGCUUCAUGUAAAUCUACCCAACAGACUGUUAUUGCUUGUGGAGUCUCCUAUGCAUUCAACUUCGAAAAGCGAUUUAAUGUGACUGUGGUUGGGGAGAUGGUAGAAGGAUAUGAACCGCCAAUUGCUCCAAAUCUGGAAGUCAUCGAGGAGAGUGCAGUGGAGGCUUUUCCCAUGGCCAUAGUGGGAUUUGCCGUGGCUUUCUCAGUAGCUAAAGUCUACUCCGUCAAACACGACUACACGAUUGAUGGGAAUCAGGAGCUCCUUGCUUUUGGUGUGAGCAACAUAUUUGGGGCAUCUUUCCGGUCAUUUGCUGCCAGCACAGCUCUUUCUAGAACCGCCAUUCAAGAGAGCACAGGAGGCAAGACGCAGAUAGCUGGAGUUCUUUCAGCCAUGAUGGUACUGAUUGUGACUGUAGCAGUAGGAUUUCUACUUGAGCCGUUGCCCAGGUCCGUUCUGGGAGCUCUGGUCAUUGUUAAUCUGAAAGGCAUGCUGAUGCAGUUUCGAGAGCUACCGUUCUUAUGGAAGAAUGACCGAACUGAUUUUGUGACCUGGGUGGUGACCUUCUUGGCUUCUCUUUUCCUGGGGCUGGAUUUGGGGUUGGCUGUGGGUCUCGGGGCAGAACUGUUUACCGUGGUCUGCAGAACUCAGUUCCCACGCUGUUCACUCCUGGCCAAUAUUACAGGAACUGACAUCUACAGGGAUCGCAAAGACUACAGCUCUAUUUACGAACCUGAUGGAGUUAAAAUAUUCAAAAUUCCCUCACCCCUUUUCUUUGCUAAUAUUGAUUUCUUCAGAGACAAACUUGUCCAAGCAGUGGGUUUUAGUCCUCUAAAGGUUUUGAAGAAAAGGAACAAAGCUCUGCGAAAGAUCAGAAAAAUGUUGUGUAAUGGGGAACUGGAAAUUUCAGAUAGAGGCCUUAAAGUGAGACAACCAUCAAUUGAUACUUCAGAAUACAACAACAACAGCAUGGAGGGCCUGGACGAGCCCAUUGAUUUCUCUGGCAUACCAAUCCAGGUGAACUGGAACACAGAACUACCUGCCAACAUCUCUGUCCCUCCUGUGAACAUCCACAGUUUGGUCCUUGACUUCUCUGCGGUCUCAUUCCUCGAUAUAUCUGCCCUCAAGGGUCUUAAAGCGACUCUGAAAGAGUUUAUACGAAUUGAGGUCGACGUCUACAUAGUUUCGUGUGAUGUGUACAUUAUGGAGAAACUCCAUCGAUGUUCAUUUUUUGACGACGAGAUUAAGACGUCCAUCUUUUACCCCUCACUACAUGAUGCCAUGUUGCACAUUCUGGAGAUGCAUCCAGACCACGGGGACCUAGAAAAGGAUAUAAACAUAACCUACGAAGUCAUUCAGAGAGACAGUAUAACUGUGUGAGGAACAGAAGACUGGGAGCUAAAAACCCCUGCUGAAAUACUCAUUAAAUCAUGUAGGAAAGGUUGUGGUAAAAGGUUUAUGAGUGCAGCCAAACAAUGUGGGCAGAUAUGGAUUUCAACACAGUCACAACACAUUAUGUAGGCUUAUAUUUCAGUCUGGCCGGUGGAUGUCUUGAGAAAAACGCACUUUUUCUAGUUUACAGCAACUUGAAUUCAUUGUUACCAUAUUUCCAGGCGAUUGGCCUACCAGUAAAAUAAUUGAGAUUUGUGAUUUAGUGGACAUACUAUCACAAGGGGCGAGCAGAAGCAUUAAAAACGUAACUGACUAGGAUCAUUUAGCUCGGAACAAGACAUCACUAAUGAAUGAAAACACUUCCUACCUUACAAACGAGGUCCUACUUUAUCCUUCCGCUGAGACUGUCGUCCAGUGGCGCACGUGUUCCUGCUCAGAGAGCAAAGUCUACCUGUGCAGGUGACCUCUAGUUCUUUACUCCACUGCAGUCCUCUAAGUAUUUCCACCUUGAUGUGCGGGGACCGGGAAAGUAGUCUAAAAAAAGCGGAAACUUUAACGUGUUAUUUCGUUUUAAAAGAGCAAAAAACGUUAUUCAGAGCUGCGGAUGGAUUCCUGAAGUCAGCAUUUCGCCAACCAAUCAAAAUCUCGACGGUCGUGACGCGGCACUAUAAUAGACAAAGUAUGCUAGUUUCAAUUUAAUUAAUCAAUUAUUUUUUUCGGAUUAAUCAAAUGUCUGCUCGUUUCCUGAGGCGGUCACACCACCCCAACCAAGAAGUAUGCUACAGUGUCUAUGUUACUUAUUAGAUUUGUAUAUUUAUUUAAGAUGGAUUAGUUUUUUGUAGUUGAAUAAUCAGUUUCCUCACUUUGUGGAAGACCUACUUGUCAAUAUUAGACUUAUGUAUGUAUUCAUGUAUGCCAUUUACUGUAUAUUAAAACAAUCCAAACAUGUUAAUAUUGGUGAUUUUGCAAUGAAUGCAUAUGUAAAACAAAUUUAACUGAAUAAAACUAAAAAUGA